CCGUCCAAAUUAUGACUCAAUCCAUAACAACACAAGGAAGAAGUGGCAGUGCGGAGAAUAUUAAAACGUUCACACAUAUUAUAGAAUACAUAGAGCUCAUGAAGACUUUAAUCGAUAGCACCACUUAAUGCACUGCACUCGAUGUUUGUGCUGCUAGGACAGUGAAUAAAUUGCUGCUGCGUAGGUAGGUUUGUGCCAUUUCUGUACCCGUGAGUGUGUGAGCUGAGCACCAAUCCUCCCUUUUUUGGUUCCCUGCGGCGCACACACGCAAACAAGCACCAGCUUUUUUACCAUGUAGCCUUACAAAAUAGCAACGUUAAAAGACAAUAUUUUGCCACUAUAUUGAAUUUGUGCGCUGAUAAUGCCACUUUUCUUUAACAAGAAAAAGACAGCAGAUGAUGGCAUCGACUACAAAGCUCGUCUCGAGAAGAAAUUGUAUUUGGCAAAAGAAGACCCUGAGCCUGUUUUCGAUUUAUCCGAGUGCAAUUUGAAGAGUGUGACGUCAGGUACAUUUGUGCUUUGCAAAGUGCUCCGAAAAACUUCCCUAAUCUUAAGAAAUAAUCAGUUGACUAGUCUCAGUGGUGGCGGCGCAUUGUCUGACCUCGCUCUUCUUGAGGUGCUUGACCUGAGCCACAAUAAACUGAAAUGUCUACCUGAAGAUAUCACAUACCUGGGAAACUUGAAGAUUCUAAACGUAUCUCAUAACAAAUUAGAGAAGUUGCCCCAGUCUCUUGUCCACUUAGUGAAGUUGCAGGACCUUGAUCUGUCCAACAACUGCCUUUCUCAUGUGCCUGACUUUGUCGAUAAACUGCCAGCUUUGCAGCAUCUUGAUGUCAGUUCCAAUCCUGUUAAAAGUUAUCAACCCUCAAAAGACAAAACAGUCUUGUUAGACAAAGCUGAUAAAAUAGAAAAAGUUUGUGUACAACCAUUAGAAGCAAUGAAAAGACAAAAAGUGCCAAAGACAGAAGAAGAAGAGGAAACGGAGUCGAUCAAGAUGCAAAAAUUGCUGGACAUGCGCCAGAGGCAGCAACGAGAAUUGCUGCAACGUCUGAGUACCUUUGACAAGGAUCAGCAGGCUACCUUGGAGAAGGUGCUGGAAAGACAGCGGGAACUCCACGAGACCGUCCGCACAGUUGCACAAAUAGAGGAAGCGGAAAUGAAAAAGGUGGCCUCGUUGAAAGCACAGGGGGACGCUCGAAACUCAAAGUUAGCCGAGGAUAUAAUUCUCGGAGAACGCCUUGAAAAGUCGGUGUUGGAAAGGCUUUUGCAGCAGGAGGAAGAGCGGAACAGAACGUUGGCAAAGGCUCUUGCCAGGGAAGAGGAAGCUGAGAGGGUCAGGCUGGCAAACCUCUUGAGCUCGGUGUUGGAGCGAAAUGCACCACUGAUGGCGCUGGUUCUGGAUGAUCAGUCGUUGCAGAAGUCAAUUUUGAGUGCCCUGAGGCAGAGAACGCAAACCCAAGAACAGAAUCUGUCUUCCUGUGUGGUGGACGAGUUCAGACUGCAGCAAGCAGCCCUGAUGGCUCUCAAAGAAAAGGGCGACUCCAAGGCCAGGCAAAUUUGUGAAGAAAUGGCCCUAGUUCAAAAGGAGCUUGGCUUUCUUUCCAUGUUAGAGAUUAAAAAGAAAAAGGAGGAAAGUGAAGAGACACUGGGAGAAAUCGCAUACCAACGAUCAAAACUAUCAGCGGCUCUUGCUGAACUUCUUCAACAGCAGCAAAAAAGACGAAACGAGUUGAUCGACGAGCUAUCACAUCAAUAUGAUGGCAUGGACGAGAAACUUUGGAUGAUUCAAUUGGAAAAGCUUCUCCUAAGUGUGCCUGAAUAUAUAGAUGUGCAAGUGAAGCAGAAAGAAAAAGCAAAAAAGCAGCUUUCUCCUACUGCUUCUCCAUCAGCGCCUCGAACGGAGGAAAUAGCACAAAAUCCUUCUGCACCAGAUCUUGAAGAAUGUGUUGUUUGCAUGGAUAAACAAUGCGAAGAAGUGUUUUUGCCCUGUGGUCACAUCUGCGCCUGUGGUUCUUGCACAGCAUUGCUCACCAAGUGUCCCCUCUGCAGGGCAGAUAUCAUCCAACAUUUGACCCUUUCUUGGUCGCACAGUUUGUGAAUAUCAAGUUUAUACUCGGCAAUUAAAGUAUAACCCUGUUUGAAACUAAUCUCCAUGAAAAUUAUCAUCAAAAAGCUUUUCUGCUGCCAAUUAUACUCAAAGUACACACACUCUUUAAGUAAAUAAAUAGCCUUUUUAUAUUCAUUCUGUGAUUCUAAUAAAGUCCACAAGUUCCAAUUAUUGAAA